GAAAGGGAUAAUGCCUUGGCAGCUCUUCAAUAUCGGGAAAAUGCCAUGAAUGGCGGUGGUCCACCACGUGGGACAAAGCACAUGAACCAUCACCAUCAUAAUGAACUUCACUUGGCAGAAUCUCCUUACCAUGGAAGGGAGAUGCACAUAACUGAGGCCAUACCUAUAUCAGCAGCAGCUGCUUCUGAAGCUGUCAAGCCUCAGGGUGCUAAGCGAAUGAGGAAGGAAACCAAGACUACGUCAUUGAAGACGUCAAAUUCAUCGAGAAAGGGUUGUAAAAGGGGUGAGGACUUGAACAAGGUAACUAUAGCCAAGACACAUGAAUGGAGGAAUAGCCAUGAUAAUACCGGUGGGGAUGGUGGUGAGGAUCGGGUUAGGCAGAUGGCAUUUUCAAAGCCUGAUUGGAAAGGUCAUGACCUGGGACUGAACCAGGUCCCUUUUGAUGACUCAAACAUGCCAGUGCCAGUUUGCUCGUGCACUGGAACUCUUCAGCAGUGCUACAAAUGGGGGAAUGGGGGUUGGCAGUCUGCCUGCUGCACCACUAACUUGUCAAUGUAUCCACUUCCUGCAAUACCUAACAAGCGCCAUGCUCGCAAAGGUGGACGUAAGAUGAGUGGAAGUGCCUAUACUAAAUUGCUUACCCGCUUGGCUGCAGAGGGUCAUGACCUGUCAACACCCGUGGAUCUCAAGGACCACUGGGCCAAGCAUGGGACGAAUCGCUAUAUUACCAUCAAGUAGCUGGUAAGGAUGGCGGGAGAUGUGUAGGCAAUUCUUUCGGGUUAAUCUUUUCUGCUUGUCACUCAAAGAACGGGCUUUAAUGUUCACCCAAAAAAAAAAAAGGGGGAGGGGGGGGGGAAGAAUGGGGUCUUUAAUGAAUAUAAAGAUGUCCAAGGAUGGACAAAUCAGAGGUGGGAACUGAGCCAUCUGAAGGGCCGUCCAAGCUUGGAAGAGAUUACAUCUCAUUGAGCCCCAAUUCUGGAGGGGAAAGUAAAAGUAAGAAGGAACAGGGAGAGGGGGGGGGGGGGGGGGGGUGUACCCCAUUUACAUUUUUCGUACUUAGGAAACGUUGCAUAUACUGUUUUUAGGAAAAAGGUCUAAUGGACAAAUAUCGACAAAAGGAAUUUAUAGAUGCUUGCUACAAGGCUGCCUUGGGAGUGGUAGCAAAUUUUGACUGUUGGAUAUGUAGGGAAUAGUUUGGAUUGGCCAAUGGCCAUGUGUCAAAUUGGAAACUUAAUUUCAAUCAUAUAUACCCUCUUAUGUGUUGAUAUGCA